AUGCCUCUCAGACGUUCCAGGUACGCUGCUGCCGCCACCGCCUCCGCCUCCUCCCAUGCAUCUCUUCCGGGCAAUCGCAAGUGGGCCAAGGCUGUGCACAAGGACUGGGAAAUCCUCCAGACCAACCUGCCAGACUCCAUCAGCGUGUGUGUGUAUGAAGACCGCAUGGACCUCCUUCGUGUGGCCAUAGUCGGACCGCCAGACACCCCGUACCACCUCGGGCUCUUUUUCUUUGACAUCUGGCUUCCCCCAGACUACCCUGCUGUACCGCCGUCCGUGCACUACCAUUCAGGAGGCUUGAGAGUGAACCCGAACCUGUACGAGAACGGCAAGGUGUGCCUAUCGCUGCUCAACACAUGGGGAGGCAAGGGCACGGAGGUCUGGAACCCAGGCUCCUCUAUAUUGCAGGUGCUCGUGUCAAUCCAAGGCCUUGUGCUCGUGCCACGGCCGUAUUUCAACGAGGCGGGGUACGAGAGGCAGAGGGGCAGUGCAGAGGGGGAGAGGAACGCUGAUCUUUACAACGAGAGCGCCUUCCUCUUGUCGGCCAAAACCAUGAUCUACUCAAUUCGCAACCCUCCCAAGCACUUUGAACCUUUGGUGGCACUGCACUUCAAACAGCAUGCUGCUGCCAUCCUUGCUCUGUGCGACACAUACGCUCAAGGGACCAAGGUGUGUCCACUCAAGGCUGCAAGCAAGGCAAGCCCAGCUGCUGUCAAAGACACAACAAGUUCAUCUGCUAAGGACACUGCAAGCCGACCCGAUUCUGACAGCACGAGUGGCUCCGAGGGUGUUCAGCAGCAGCAGGAGGGUUCGAUGGGACAGCAGGGAGAGGCUAGGCCUGCUGAUGCGGUGCUAAGCGGUGGUGGAGGUGAUGAUGGGUGUUCGGCUGGAUUCAAGAUAAUGCUGGGGAAGCUGCGUCCGCAGCUGGAAUUAGCCUUGGCACGGGUUUUGAAGGGAAAAUGA